AUGGCUUCCGCCAUUAUAAUUCUCAGUAUCUUUCUUCCGGAGCAAUCCAGCAUCGAUGGAUUUAAGUUGGAUCUAAGUUCAUCACUGGAAAGACGAAUGAAACAUUAUUCCUGUGCAACAAACUGUGCGGAUUGUGGAUGCGAGGGAUCCUUUCUACAGGAGCAAAAUUCGUGCCAGUGCAGAUGCCCACAUGCUACCGGUUCCGAAUGCCUAUCAAAUUUGCAGCGCUUCGAAACUUCUGGUAGCUUCAAUUACUCUCUACUGAUAGAUCCAUCUACUUAUACCGAAUAUCCUACACGUGCUCGUCGACAGUGUUCUCUGUGCUGCUUAAUGGGAACAACAUGCAAAUUUUCAAAGUUCCGGGAACCAAGCCGGCGUUGGUGGUGUCGACUAAAAAGUUUAACGACCUCGGACAACUCAACAACGACUACUGUUUCCUCCGUAACAAGUGCACAAGGUCCAACUGCGUCUACAUCUGAAGCAACAACCACUACAUUAGACACGACUGCAACAACCACUACUGAGCAACCGACAACAACUAUAACUUCCACUACUACACCGGACAUUUCAUCAACGACCACGAUUGGAAUAACGCAGUCUACAACCGACACAUCGACCGAUACAUCAACCAAUACACCAACUACUUCAUCAGAUACUACCUCGACGACAGCGGCAUCUACAACUGACUCAACAACCACUUCUGAGCAACCAACAACUACAACAACAACAGAAUCGACUACUUCUACAUCUGAAGCCACUGCAAUAGACACGACUGAGACUACAAGCACACCAACGUCUACAACCGAUACAACAACUACGACUGAGCAACCAACAACGACUACAGCUUCAUCAACAACAACAACCACUGACACUUCCCCGACUACAUCAACAGAUGCCUCAACAACAACUGUUUCCUCAACAAUUAGUACAGAAGGGUCGACUACGUCGACAUCUGUAGCAACAACCACUAUAUUGGACACUACUCCCACAACAACUACUACUACUGAGCUACCGACAACAACUACAACUUCGUUGACUACAACUGACACUUCCCCGACUGCAACAACAGAUGUCUCAACAACUAGUACAGAAGGACCGACUACGUCGACAUCUGUAGCAACAACCACUAUAUUGGACACUACUCCCACAACAACUACUAGUACUGAGAUACCGACAACAACUACAGCUUCGUCGAGUACUAUAACACUACCACGACUACAGCGACCACUUCUUCAACAGAAGCAACAACCACCCCAACUUUCACUACAACAACAACAGAAACAUCUACGACCACAUCUGACACAACAACCACUACAUCAACAACUGAACAACCAACAACGAGUACUGUAUCCUCCAGUACAACAGAUGCGUCAACAUCCUCUACUACAGAAGCUACUACCUCCGCGUCAGACACUACUGCAACUGCAACCACAACAACAGCAUCUACUACCUCAGAGCAACCAACAACAACUACAGCAGCCUCCAACACUACAACCGCUACAACAACAUCUACUACCUCAGAACAACCAUCAACGACUACGGCAGCCUCCAGUACAACAGACGCCUCAACAACCUCUACUACUGAAGCUACUACCUCCACGUCUGACUCUACAUCUACUACAUCAGACACUACUGCAACUACAACCGCUACAACAACAUCUACUACCUCAGAACAACCAUCAACGACUACGGCAGCCUCCAGUACAACAGACGCCUCAACAACCUCUACUACUGAAGCUACUACCUCCACGUCUGACUCUACAUCUACUACAUCAGACACUACUGCAACUACAACCGCUACAACAACAUCUACUACCUCAGAACAACCAUCAACGACUACGGCAGCCUCAACUACAACAACGGGCGGUUCUUCAACGACUACAACAGACGCUUCAACAACUUCUACUACGGAAGUUUCUACGUCUACAUCUGACACGACAACCGCCACGUCAACGACGCCAACCGCAACCACAACAACAACAACUGCUUCAACAACUACUACUGAGAACCCAACAACGACUACAACAGGAUCAACUACCACUACAUUCGGUACAACAACCACUACUACAGCAACAACUGAACAACCAACAACGACUACGGCAUCCUCCAGCACAACAGACGCUUCAACAACUUCUACAACGGGAGCUACUACGUCGACAUCCACUACAGCAGCUUCUACAACCGAUUCCACAUCUACCUCUGAGCAACCAAGCACGACAGCGGCAGUCUCAACUACAACAACGAACGGCUCAACGACGACGACGACAGCAGAAACAACAACCACAUCCACCAGUACAAGUACGACCGCUUCAACUUCGACCACUUCGGGAACGACAUCGUCUACAGCAGCUUGGACAUCGACUACAUCAGACUCCGGUUCUACUACAAGCUAGAACUACCAGAUUAUAA